GCUUGAAUAUUUCUCAUCUCAAGUCCACUUCUCUCUUGUCUUCUCUUUCUCUCCUCUUCUUCACUGAGCCCCUCUUUCUCUUUCUCUCUCUUUUUUUUGGUACAAAGUGAACAAAAAGCUUAUUGCUUUCAUCAAAUUUACAACUCUUUAUUCUUCUCUCAAUUCCAAACAACAAAUAAAGCCAACACAUUCUGUAAAAGCUUUGCCUUUUUCUGUAGCGGUGCCCAAGGAAAAAUGCCAGCCCAGAAACGAUUUUUAUCGAAUUAUCAAGAUGAUGACAACAACGAUGAGGAUGAUGAGAACUCGCCGGAGCAACAGCAGCAGCAGCAGCACCGUCGCCGGAAACAAUCCAGGCGAGCUAUGGAAGAGGAACAACAAGAAGUUGAGGAAGAGGAGGAAGAUGAGCAAGACCAAACCCAGGAUGAUGAUGGUGAUGGGGAUGGGGAUGAUCGAGAGGGGAAAAAGCAAUCUUCUGAUGAUGAUUCUGAUGGAAGUGGCACUGACCCAGAAGCCUUUGAUGAGUUGAUCGCUGUGUCACGAUCUGAGAUUCGCACCAAUGAUUUCGAUGAGAGAAGUUUUCUCGCACAAUUAUUUCAAGCUCGUAAAGAUCUAGAAUGUCCUAUAUGUCUAGGUAUUAUCAAGAGAACUCGGGUUGUGAUGGGAUGCCAACACCGUUUUUGCAGGGAAUGCAUAGAUAAAUCAAUGAGACUAGGGAAUAAUGAAUGCCCUGCUUGUCGCAUACAUUGUGCUAGUCGACGAUCAUUGAGAGAUGAUCCUGGAUUUGAUACCUUAAUUGAGGCAAUAUAUCCAGAUGUUGAGAAGUAUGAAGAAGAGGAACUUGUCUUUCUUGAAGAGGAACGAGCAAUCAAUGACCAGAUUCAAGCAUCCAUUGCCAAAAUAUCUCAACGCCAAUCUGAAGCAUUAAUUAAGAGGCGCAAAGGCGGUAAAGACAUAGCUUCUCCCUCCUCACAAAGAACAUCUCGCAACUAUCAUGCUUAUUCAAGAAGAAAAAGAAACAGUCAGGGCACAGAACCUGAGCGAUCUGAUCCAAAUGAGAGUGAAAAUGAUGAUCAUGAUGAGAUCAAAGAUUCACCCCUUAAGGAUGAGCGUGGAACACAAACCAAGUUCAGGAAACACAGGAGGCGCAAAGGAGCUCUGACCGCUCAGACUUCUCCUUCAGCUGUGAGUCCAGAUGGUGGACACAUUGAAACUGCAGUACAGCUUCCAAGAGUCACCCCAAGUAAUUCUCCUGGACCUGCACUGAAGCCAGAAACACUUGCUUGGGGAAGAGGUGGUGUUCGAAGCCACAAUCGACAUGGCAGUGGUGGUAGCAGAAAUGCUCGUAAUUAUCGACUAUCCAAGUUAAUUGAUUAUCUUGACAGUGUGCGAGCAAAGAAUGAUGAGUUAAAUAUCCAUCUUGACAUAAUUCCAUUAGACAAACAAGUGACACCGAGUCUGAAAAAGCCCCAUCUCUGCUGCACGCCAAGCACGUCAGUUGGACAUCUCUGUGAACUUGUUGCUCAGGAGACAAAAUCACAAGCCAUAGAUGUUGAAUUACUGGCGGUAAAAAUCAACACUGUUGCUGGCAACUCCAUUAUCAACCAUUCAAUCUUAAUGGAUGCAUCAAAUAUGCUACCUCAAGCUGUCGAUGGUUCCAAUGUUACUCUGGAACGCUUAGAAAGGCAAGAUACUGUGGGAGGAAUCAGUUCCAGUUGUUCUUUAAACAAGAAUCUGAUCCUUGUGUACGUGCACAGGAAUUCUGCGGUUUGAUGAUCAUUCAGCUGAUAUGGCGCCUUUGUAGAAGAUGAGUGCAGGGGGAGAAAAGAGGACAGGGGAACGAACAUAUGGAGGGCAACAUUUAGGAACUUUUUAUAGUUUAGUCUGCUAGUUUUCAGUUCUGGCCUAUGAUCUUUCUUUCUAUAAUGAAUUUAUCUUAUGUCGCAAGUUUUGGUUUGUUUACAAGCAUUGACAUUUUGUUUAUCUCCUUACAGUCACAGAAACAUAAAAAAUGUUUGUCCUUUUUCCAAUUGUUCCCUGUUUUUUCUG